AUGUUUAAAAGAGUUUGCGUAUAUAAAAAUUCCUUUUGGAAAUAUAAAAAACGAUUUUUUAGUAAAAAAUUAGUAAACAUAGGGAUUUUGGCACAUAUUGAUGCAGGGAAAACAACAAUAUCUGAAGAUAUAUUAUAUCAAUCUAAAGAGAUAAAGGUUAAGGGUAAUAUAAAUGAUCAGAAUACGCAGUUAGAUUUUUUAAAACAAGAAAGAGAAAGAGGAAUUACUAUUAAGAGUGCUUAUUCAUGUUUUGAAUGGCAUAAAAUAAAAGUAAAUUUAAUUGAUACACCUGGACAUAUAGAUUUUAGUAAUGAAACCUUUAUAUCAUUAUGUGUAUUAGAUAAAUGUAUUAUUGUUAUAGACUCUAAAGAAGGAGUACAAAUUCAAACGAUAAAUAUAUUUCGAUACAUUAAAGAAAAUCUUCCUAUCUAUUUUUUUCUAAAUAAAAUGGAUAUAAAUCAUAUAGAUAUUGAUUCUAAUUUUUUGAGUAUAAAAAAUCGAUUAACUAAAAAAGGAUUACUUAUAACAUAUCCUAUAUAUGAAAAUAAAAAAUUAAAAUAUAUACUAGAUAUCCCUUCUAUGGUUUUAUAUUCUUAUCCACAAAUUAAUUAUGGUCAAACCUUUAUGUAUAAUUCUUACUUUUUAAAAACUUUAUUAGAAGGAAGUUUAUAUGAAAAGAAAUUAUAUUCUCAUUUUGUUAUGAUAAAUCCUAAACCAGAUACUUUAUCAAAAGAAAAUAAAAACAAAAACAAUAUAAAUAUUCUUAAUGUUUUAAAUGAUGAUAUUAUAGAUUAUAUUAUAAAAAAGAGAGAAGAAAUUAUAGAAAUUUUAUGUGAUUUAGACAAUACUAUUGAAUAUAAGUAUUUAAAUAAUAUACCAAUUUCAUAUGAACAUUUCAAAAAUUCUUUAUCUUUAUGUAUUGAUAAAAAGUACAUAUUUCCCAUUUUUUCUGGAAGUGCCCUGCAUUCAUAUGGUGUACAUAUAUUGUUAGAUUAUAUAACACAUGAUAAUGAGAUGGAGAAGGGGAUGAAAAACGGGAUGGAAGAGGAGAACGACGUGGAGAUGGAGAAGGGGAUGAAAAACGGGAUGGAAGAGGAGAACGUCGUGGAGAUGGAGAAGGAGAGAGAGAUGAACCAUAAUAAAGAAAGAACAAAUAAUAAUACAAAUGAAACCCCUUUUUUAUCUUACGAAAAAAUAAAUAAAGACAAGUACAAUAUUUAUCAAAACAAAAAAUGUGGCAACAAUUCAGACAUGUAUCAUCCAUAUGAUACAACAUAUAACCAUAACAAUCUUAUAAAAAACACAGAUAUUAUAAAGAACAAUAUAAUUUUUAAUAAUAAAAAAGCAUUCAACUCUAUAUAUAAAACCAUAAUAUUUAUAUUCAAAUUAGCAAAUGAAAAAAAUGGGUUCAAUACAUUCUGUAAAGUAUUUAAAGGGAAACUAAGCAAAAACACCAAAUUGUUAAAUCUAAGAAAUAAAAAAACAGAAAUAGUAAAAGGUAUUUAUAAAGUCAAAGCAGAUAGAUAUAUCACGACAAAUGUGCUAGAUACUAACGAUAUUGGUAUGGUAAGAGGUUUUGAAAAUAUUAUUCUAUGUGAUAUAAUUUGUGAGAAGGACGAUGAAAAAUCAUCCCAUAAUAAUAAUGAUUUUCCGAGUGAAGAUCAAAUGACUCACCAUAAUAAACAGAACAAUGAAUAUAGACAUAGGAAUCAUAUAGAAAAUACUUUCAAUGAGUUAUAUCACAAAUCGUAUAAAGAAGAUGAAAAGAAUCAUGCUCUUCUUGAAGGAACAUAUUCACAGAAUAAUUUAUUUAUUGGACAUAAUGAUCUUCCCCCCUUCAGUGAUAUAUAUAAAUUAUUAAAAGAUGAAAUACCAAAUAAACAAUGGUUGUAUUUUUUAAAAAGUUAUAAAAAACGGAUUGGUAAAAAUAUCAUAGUAUGUACAUGUGCUAUAGAACCAAAGGAAUAUAAAAAAGAAAAAGAUUUAAAAAAUAUUUUAAAACAAAUAUGUUUAGAAGAUAAUAGCAUCUUGGUAUUUACUGAUAAAAAUAAUAAAUUAGUUAUUGGUUCUAUAGGAAUAUUAAAUAUCGAAGUUAUUAUAGAUAAAAUAAAGAAUGAUUAUAAUAUAGAUAUCAAAACGAGUCCAGUUGAAAUUAUCCAGAAGGAAUAUAUUCAAGGAUAUUAUGAAAAUAGUAUAAAAAAGGAAAUGAAAGUUGGUUCAUAUAUUUCUACUAUUAUAGUUGGAUUUGUUAUAAAAGAAAAAGAUGAAUUUAUAGAUAUUUCUAGUUAUGUACAAAAUGUAUUAAAACAUGAAAAAAUUUCCCACUUUUUAUCAUCUGAAGAAAGAAUACAAAAUAAUAUAUACAAUAAUAAAUAUAAUAAUAAUAAAUUAAAUAUUCCAGAUAACCUGGAUAAAGGUAACAAUUUGUUAUUAUAUGAUGAUAUACGUUUUGAAGAUAAUAAAAAAAUGUAUAUAUCCACAACAAAUGAUGAUAGGCAAAAUUAUGAUGAACACGAUAAUAUUAACAUAUUGGAUAAUAUGGAAAUAAAAGCAAUUACAGAAAAGGAUAGAAAAAAAAAUUAUCUAUACAAUAACUUAAAGUUAGGUAAUUCAAAAUCUAUGUAUGAUACCAAGGGUGUUAAAAAUUCGGUUCAUAAGUAUAAUGAUAGUCAUGACAAGAUACACUUGAAGGAUAAUAUAAAGGAUCAUCCUCCUCAUAAACAAAGUAUUGAUGAUGAACCUGAACUACUUUGUGACGAUGAUAAUGAUGAUGUUGAUGAAUAUCUCUUAAACUUUAAUUAUGAUACUUUAUUUGAAAACAGUGUUACAGUCCAUAAAGAUGUAUUAUUAUACAUUGACGAGUUAAAAAAAAUGAAUAAAAAAAAAAAAAAUGUCUAUGAUAAUAUUUUAAAUAGUUGUAUUAUAUCUUUAAAAAACUGUUUAAGUAAUGGAUAUCAUACUAAUGGAAAUAUUAUUAAUACCGAAAUAAUAAUAAAAAACUUAAAAAUAUUUGAUACUUCAACUACAGCUGUAGCUAAAUAUGCAUGUAAUCAUUUAUAUUAUGAAAUGAUAAAAAAAGCAAAUAUACAAAUAGUUAAUCCUUUAUCAUUAAUUUUAAUACAAACAGACGAAGCAUAUACUGGCAUCAUUGUAAAGGAUUUAAUACAAUAUAGAAACGGGAAUAUUAUACAAAUAAUGAAAAAUAAAGAAUCAGAUUUUAAACUUAUGAAAAUAUAUGCAAUAAUUCCAGUGAAGUUUACACAUAAUUACUCUUCCAUUUUACGAUCUAUAUCUAGUGGACAUGCUAACUUUCUUAUGACUUUUUGUGGUUAUAAAAAAUGUUAA